AUCCAAUCACUUCCCGUCACAGUGAAAAAAAUACGGAAGUGAUCUAGGUUGCAGGAAAAGUUUCCCAUAAGAUUCAUUUUUAAGUCGUUUCUAUUCCUUGCAAGUGCGAUCAUAAAGUAUGGCGUAUCCAGGAUAUAACAAUUUUGGUGGUCCACCAAUGCCAGGGGUUCCUGCUCAGGGUAUGGCAAUGCCAGGGGUUCCUGCUCAGGGUAUGGCAAUGCCAGGAGUUCCUGCUCAGGGUAUGGCAAUGCCAGGGGUUCCUGCUGCAGGUGGUUACCCAGCACAGCCAUAUGCCGGUUACCCGGGGACAUUUUCUGCUCCUCCUACCCAGGACCCAAUGUGGGGCUAUUUCACAGCAGUAGCUGGUCAGGAUGGUGAAGUUGAUGCUGAAGAACUUCAAAGGUGCCUCACCCAGACUGGAAUCAGUGGCACCUACACUCCCUUCAGUUUGGAAACCUGCAGGAUUAUGGUUGCCAUGCUGGAUAGAGAUUACACUGGAAAGAUGGGUUUCAAUGAGUUUAAAGAACUGUUUGCGGUGCUAAAUGGCUGGAAGCAGAACUUCGUAAUGGUGGACAGGGACUGCAGUGGAACGGUGGAACCUCAUGAGAUGUCCCAGUGUAUUGCUAACAUGGGGUACCGAAUCAGCCCUCAGGCUCUGAACGCCAUCAUCAAACGCUACAGCAGGUCAGGAAAGAUCUACUUUGAUGACUAUGUGGCCUGUUUUGUGAAGCUAAGGGCACUUACAGACAAUUUCAAGAGGAGAGAUGCAAUGCAGCAAGGAAUGGUGAACUUCCAGUAUGAUGAUUUCAUCUUGUGUACUAUGUCUCUCUAAAGGAAGUUACUGACAAGUACAGUAUGCACUCCAGGAAGAGAACCGAAUCACUGAAAAUCCAGAUAAAUAUAUGUAAAACUAUUAUAUAUAUUGUAUGGUCAUUUUGAUUUUGAAAUUUGCCAGUAUAAUGUGUAAUGUGAACAUAGAAGUAAACCAUAUAUUUGACUGAAAUAGCUUUCAAUAUUUGUGCCAAAGUAGACAGUUGUUUUUAAACAAUCUUUUUCAUAUUCAUUCUUUAUAAACUCAGUGUAUUAAGUUAAAAUAUAACCACACGUUACAUGUAUUUUGCCAAUAAAACAUGGUAUAUCUUAAAA